AUGACGAAGAGCGAAGUCACUUCUCUACAAAAUGACUCAUACGUGACAAAGAGCGAAAUAACAUCACUUCAAAGUGAUUUAAACAUCACAGAGAGUAAAGUAACAUCUUUACAAAAUGACUUGAACACAACAAAGAGCGAUGUAACAUCUCUAGAAAGUGACUUGGAUAUAACAAAGAGCGAAGUAACAUCUCUACAAAGUGACGUUAACAUGACAAAGAGCAAACUCGCUUCUCUACAAAGCGACUCAUACAUGAUAAAGAGCGAAAUUAUAUCAAUUCAAAGUAACUUAAACCUGACGGAGAGUAAAGUUACAUCUUUACAAAGUGACUCUCACACAACAAAGAGCGAUGUAACAUCUCUACAAAGUGACUUAAAGAUGACUAAGAGCGAAGUCACCUCUCUUCAAAGCGAAUCAUACAUGACAAAGAGCGAAGUAUCAUCUUUAAAACGUGACUUUAACACAACAAAGAGCGAAAUAACGUCUCUACAAAGUGACUUAAAUAUGGCAAAGAGCGAAGUAACUUCUCUACAAAAUGACUCAUACAUGACAAAGAGCGAAAUAAUAUCUAUACAAAGUGAUAUAAACAUGACAAAGAGCAAAGUAUUAUUCUUAGAAAGAGACUUAAACACAACAAAGAGCAAAAUCACUUCUCUACAAAGCAACUUAAAUAUGACAAAGGGCGAAGUCAGCUCUCUACAACGUGACUCAUACAUGGCAAAGAGCGAAAUUAUAGCUAUACAAAGUGACGUUAACAUGACAAAGAGCCAACUCACUUCUCUACAAGGCGACUCAUACAUGACAAAGAAAGAAGUCACCUCUCUACAAAAUGACGUAAAUAUGACAAAGAACGAAAUUUCAUCUCUACAAAAUGACUUCAAUAUGACAAAGAGCGAAGUUACAACUUUAAAAAGUGACUUAAACAUGACGAAGAGCGAAGUCACUUCUCUACAAAAUGACUCAUACGUGACAAAGAGCGAAAUAACAUCACUUCAAAGUGAUUUAAACAUCACAGAGAGUAAAGUAACAUCUUUACAAAAUGACUUGAACACAACAAAGAGCGAUGUAACAUCUCUAGAAAGUGACUUGGAUAUAACAAAGAGCGAAGUAACAUCUCUACAAAGUGACGUUAACAUGACAAAGAGCAAACUCGCUUCUCUACAAAGCGACUCAUACAUGAUAAAGAGCGAAAUUAUAUCAAUUCAAAGUAACUUAAACCUGACGGAGAGUAAAGUUACAUCUUUACAAAGUGACUCUCACACAACAAAGAGCGAUGUAACAUCUCUACAAAGUGACUUAAAGAUGACUAAGAGCGAAGUCACCUCUCUUCAAAGCGAAUCAUACAUGACAAAGAGCGAAGUAUCAUCUUUAAAACGUGACUUUAACACAACAAAGAGCGAAAUAACGUCUCUACAAAGUGACUUAAAUAUGACAAAGAGCGAAGUAACUUCUCUACAAAAUGACUCAUACAUGACAAAGAGCGAAAUAAUAUCUAUACAAAGUGAUAUAAACAUGACAAAGAGCAAAGUAUUAUUCUUAGAAAGAGACUUAAACACAACAAAGAGCAAAAUCACUUCUCUACAAAGCAACUUAAAUAUGACAAAGGGCGAAGUCAGCUCUCUACAACGUGACUCAUACAUGGCAAAGAGCGAAAUUAUAGCUAUACAAAGUGACGUUAACAUGACAAAGAGCCAACUCACUUCUCUACAAGGCGACUCAUACAUGACAAAGAAAGAAGUCACCUCUCUACAAAAUGACAGCACUUCUCUACAAAAUGACUCAUACGUGACAAAGAGCGAAAUAACAUCACUUCAAAGUGAUUUAAACAUCACAGAGAGUAAAGUAACAUCUUUACAAAAUGACUUGAACACAACAAAGAGCGAUGUAACAUCUCUAGAAAGUGACUUGGAUAUAACAAAGAGCGAAGUAACAUCUCUACAAAGUGACGUUAACAUGACAAAGAGCAAACUCGCUUCUCUACAAAGCGACUCAUACAUGAUAAAGAGCGAAAUUAUAUCAAUUCAAAGUAACUUAAACCUGACGGAGAGUAAAGUUACAUCUUUACAAAGUGACUCUCACACAACAAAGAGCGAUGUAACAUCUCUACAAAGUGACUUAAAGAUGACUAAGAGCGAAGUCACCUCUCUUCAAAGCGAAUCAUACAUGACAAAGAGCGAAGUAUCAUCUUUAAAACGUGACUUUAACACAACAAAGAGCGAAAUAACGUCUCUACAAAGUGACUUAAAUAUGACAAAGAGCGAAGUAACUUCUCUACAAAAUGACUCAUACAUGACAAAGAGCGAAAUAAUAUCUAUACAAAGUGAUAUAAACAUGACAAAGAGCAAAGUAUUAUUCUUAGAAAGAGACUUAAACACAACAAAGAGCAAAAUCGCUUCUCUACAAAGCAACUUAAAUAUGACAAAGGGCGAAGUCAGCUCUCUACAACGUGACUCAUACAUGGCAAAGAGCGAAAUUAUAGCUAUACAAAGUGACGUUAACAUGACAAAGAGCCAACUCACUUCUCUACAAGGCGACUCAUACAUGACAAAGAAAGAAGUCACCUCUCUACAAAAUGACGUAAAUAUGACAAAGAACGAAAUUUCAUCUCUACAAAAUGACUUCAAUAUGACAAAGAGCGAAGUUACAACUUUAAAAAGUGACUUAAACAUGACGAAGAGCGAAGUCACUUCUCUACAAAAUGACUCAUACGUGACAAAGAGCGAAAUAACAUCACUUCAAAGUGAUUUAAACAUCACAGAGAGUAAAGUAACAUCUUUACAAAAUGACUUGAACACAACAAAGAGCGAUGUAACAUCUCUAGAAAGUGACUUGGAUAUAACAAAGAGCGAAGUAACAUCUCUACAAAGUGACGUUAACAUGACAAAGAGCAAACUCGCUUCUCUACAAAGCGAUUCAUACAUGAUAAAGAGCGAAAUUAUAUCAAUUCAAAGUAACUUAAACCUGACGGAGAGUAAAGUUACAUCUUUGCAAAGUGACUCUCACACAACAAAGAGCGAUGUAACAUCUCUACAAAGUGACUUAAAGAUGACUAAGAGCGAAGUCACCUCUCUUCAAAGCGAAUCAUACAUGACAAAGAGCGAAGUAUCAUCUUUAAAACGUGACUUUAACACAACAAAUAGCGAAAUAACGUCUCUACAAAGUGACUUAAAUAUGGCAAAGAGCGAAGUAACUUCUCUACAAAAUGACUCAUACAUGACAAAGAGUGAAAUAACAUCUCUACAAAGCGAAUUAAACGUGACAAAGAGCAAACUCAAUUCUUUACAAAACAGAGUUUCUCAGGAACAAUUUCGUCCAUCCGAUGCAUUUUCAAAUAGAUAUUCUUCAGCUGCAAGAGAAUUGAACGAAAGGUUAUAUCAACUUUAUAGAAAAAUUUCAAUUCUGGAUCCACGCGUUCAGGAUCUAGAAGAAGCGAGUUCUACAAUUAGACAGUCUUUGAACACACUUGCAACUAACGAACGUUACACCAAGAGACAACUCGUGACUUUGUCAAAUGACUUAAACAUAACACAGACCGAACUAUUAUCUCUGCAAAACACAGUGUCUCAAGACCAACUUCGUAUAUCAGAUAAAUUGGUUUCACAAUUAAACAACUAUUCUUCAAAUGAAUGGAGACAGUUCCCCCAAAACCGCCUACGACGACCUGUCCAGAGUAUGAGAAGGCGUGUGAAAGAACUGAAUGGCGCGAUUCAAAAGCAGAACGCUCCAUAUGGACAAGGGACGGGAGCAACAGUUCUAGACAAUGUCUCUUGUAGAGGACCAGAAAAGUCCAUAGCAAGUUGUCAGCAUAAUGGAUUUACAAAAGAAGAUUGUUCCCAUAGUGAAGACGUCGGUGUUGUAUGCUUCUCCGUCCGCUUGAUUGGAGGAUCGGCAUCUAAUGGAACAGUGGUUGUAAAACUGGGAAAUACAGAAGGGAGUGUGUGUGAUGACAACUGGGAUAAUGAUGACGCUCGUGUGGUUUGUAGGAUGUUGGGAUACAAUGGAACUGCUGAGGCGGUAUCUAACGCUCGUUUUGGACAAUUUUCUGGGCAGAUAUGGAUGGAUGGAGUGAAUUGUGGGGGUAGUGAAUCAUCUCUUGCUAAAUGUUCCUUCAACGAAUUUGGAAAACAUGACUGUCAGCAUAGCGAAGAUGCUGGCGUAAUAUGUCACUGAAGUAAUCUGGUUUACAGAUCGAGAUUAAUGAACACAGAAAAAUUAAAAUUGAUAAAUUUGAGUAAUUUUUAUUGAUUAUGCAUGCGCU